AUGGCGUACCCCGACGAGUGGGGCGCCGGCGGCGGCGACGGCGGCCCGGCCGAGUCGAAGCUCGUCCCGCUCUCGAUGCAGAGCAACGAGGCGCUCCUCAUCAAGACGCUGCUGGCGCGGAGCUGCCCGAGCGCAAGGCUGAGCCGCGUGCAGCGCGUGCAGAACAAGAUGCUGUGGCGCGCGUACGCCAACUAUCGCGACGACCAGCUCGUCCACACUUGUGCCGGCCGCGACGUCAACGAGAUGCUCCUCUUCCACGGCACGGCGGAGCGGGCGGCGGAGGAUGUGCUCGCGCAUCAGAACGGGCUCGACCCGCGCUUCUCGAACGGCGGCUUUUACGGCCAGGGCAUCUACCUCGCGGAGGACCCGUCGUACCCGAUCGGCGGCCGGUACGCGCACCGCAUCUCCGGCUCGGGCGGGAGCCGCGUGCAGCUGCUCAUCGUGAAGGCUGCCCUCGGCUCGCAGCAGGAGAUGGGGCAGCGCAUCAGCGCGGAGACGAAGGCGAUGCGGAUGCCGGACGUGCGCGUCGAGGGCCCUCCCCGACUCCUCUACGACAGCGUGCGCGGCGGGCCGCACCGCCCCUUCGUCUCCGGCGGAGGCGAGAACGGGUGCGACGCCUCCUUCAUACACGUGGUGUACGAGUCGCGCCAGAUGUACCCGGCGUACGUGAUCGAGGUCGAGAUGGAGAUGGGGGCCGAGGUGGUGGCGGCCGUGCAGAACAACUCGGCCGAGGGGAGUGCGAGCGCCGGCCCGGCACCCAAGCGGCAGCGCCACGCUGCGCCGAGCGGCGGCGGCGGCGGCGGCAGCGGCUCUGCUGCUCAUGCCCCCGCCGCUGCGCCACCGAGCGACGCGGAGGUGCGGGCGAUGGGCGUGGCGGCGGUGGCGGCGGCGCUGCGGGCGCACGGGUCGGUCAGUCGCGUCGCGCUUGCGGCUUGCGUGCGGUUGGGCCGUCUGUGCAAAGAGGCGCAGAUCAGGCAAGCUGCGGCGGACGCGGGCGCGAUCGAGGCGAUCGUAGCGGCGCUGCAGGCGCACCCGCAGGUGGCGGACGUGCAGCAGUUUGGCUGCCGGGCGCUGGUCGACGUGUGUAUCGGCACCGACGCCGCAGGGUUUGCACGCAUCCAGCGCGCAGCAGACGCGGGCGGCAUCGAGGCGAUCGUGGCGGCGCUGCAGGCGCACCCGCAGGUGGCGGACGUGCAGGAUUAUGGCUGCUGCGCGCUGGUCAACGUGUGCGCCGGCACCGACGCCGCAGCGUUCGCACGCAAGCAGCGCGCAGCAGACGCGGGCGGCAUCGAUGCAAUCGUGGCGGCGAUGCAGGCGCAGCCGCAGGUGGCGGACGUGCAGCAGAGUGGCUGCAUGGCGCUGGCCAACGUGUGCUACGGCACCGACGCCGCAGCGCUCGCACGUAAGCAGCGCGCAGCAAACGUGGGCGGCAUCGAGGUGGUUGUGGCAGCGAUGCAGGCUCACCCCUGGGUGGCGGACGUGCAAGAGUAUGGCUGCUGCGCGCUGGGCUACGUGUGCUCCGGCAGCGACGCCGCAGCGCUCGCACGCAAGCAGCGCGCAGCACACGCGGGCAUCAUCGAGGUGGUUGUGGCGGCGAUGCUGGCUCACCCGCAGGUGGCGGACGUGCAGGAUUAUGGCUGCCGGGCGAUGGCCAGCGUGUGCGCCGGCUCUGACGCCGCAUCGUUCACACGCAUCCAGCGCGCAGCAGACGCGGGCGGCAUCGAGGUGGCUGUGGCGGCGCUGCAGGCUCACCCGCGGGUGGCGAGCGUGCAGCAGAAUGGCUGCUUGGCGAUGGGCAACGUGUGCGCUGGCACCGACGCCGCAUCGCUCGCACGCAAGCAGCGCGCAGCAGACGCGGGCGCGAUCGAGGCGAUCGUGGCGGCGGUGCAGGCUCACCCGCAGGUGGCGGACGUGCAGGACUUUGGCUGCUGGGCGUUGGGCAACGUGUGUUUCGGCACCGACGCCGCAGCGUUCGCACGCAAGCAGCGCGCAACAGACGCGGGCGCGAUCGAGGCGGUUGUGGCAGCGAUGCAGGCCCAUCCGCGGGUGGCGGACGUGCAAGAGUUUGGCUGUUGUGUGGUGGGCCAAGUGUGCGCCGGCACCGACGCCGCAGCGCUCGCACGCAAGCAGCGCGCAGCAGACGCGGGCGGCAUCGAGUUGUUUGUGGCGGCGAUGCUGGCUCACCCGCAGGUGGCGGACGUGCAGGAUUAUGGCUGCCGGGCACUGGCCUACGUGUGCUUUGGCAGCGACGCCGCAGCGCGGGCGCGGAGGCAGCGAGCUAGGAUUGCGGGCGCGACCGACGCGGUGAGGGCAGUUCUGCAGGCGCACCCGCACGACGCGAAUGUCCAGCGGCGUGCACAGCGCUUGCGCGAUCUGCUUGUCUGA